CGCCGGAAGUUUCAUAUUGUGCGCGCAAAAUAAGAAGAGCUGUCUGGAGUUGAAUGAAUAUUGAGCAUUUUGGGGCACAGCUACGAUGUUUAGCCCUCGUUCUACCCCUAGUUCAGGCCGAAGGCAGUCCUUAAGGGUCACCGGUAGAAAGAGUCUCGCCGGUACACCUACAGGGCUUCUCUUUUCCCCACGUAGGACGUCGUUAGCAGCGAGAUCAACUCCCACGCGUGUCCAGAGCUACUCAACUUCAGACGCACUCCACUUCGAUGUCCAGACGUUUGGCUCUUCUCUACCUGUCAAAGUCAUGGAGGCUUUGACAAUGGCUGAUGCCGAUGACCAGAUCUCUGUGAAGGUGGAUGAGAGUGGCUGGGCCUGGAUGGUGUGUGGAGAGAGACUGAUCAUCUGGAAGAUCUGCCAGACUGCUGUUGCAAAGUUGUCAGUAUGUAAGGGCCUCCAGCUGCCCACUAGUGAGUUUGCCUACUAUGCUGAUCUCGUCUCCAUAUCAUCUCCCAGCCCUCUGGAGACUGCCAGUGUUCAGUCUAUCUCUGUCAUGGCGGUGGCUCCAGAGGGAACAGCCCGGUUCUGGCCCAGUUUGGCCCACGAGGGGAAUUACACUGAGACUGUGGUCGACAUGGGCGAAAACCUCUGCAACUUUGUUGUGGCUGUUAGGGGGGGUAGUUUCAUCGUGUCAUCCUACAAGGGCCAGAUGAUGCGCCUCGGGGCAGACCCCUCCGGGAAGCUGCUGCAGAGGGCGCUACAGCAGGGCCAGGGGGUGCUUUCCGGCAUCGGACGCCGCGUCUCCAGCCUGUUUGGCAUGCGUGCCCCGCUCACCAACAACAAUCUCCACAGUGUUCUGUGGGUGGGCGAGAUGGGCUGCCUGUAUACUCUGACCUCCUGUGGGCUCAGUAAAUGGGAGGUGGAUGAGGUCACAGAGCACCAGGUCCUCAGCUGGGACUCCAGCCGCGCUCUGACGGAGAGUGUCGCCGACGCCAUCUGGGGGUCAGAGAGCAACUAUGAGGAAAUCAAGGAAGGAGUGAACGUUACCUACAUGGACAUGCAACUGAGCCAGGAUGGCCUGGUAGUGUUGGCGGCAGCCUGGCACCCCUCAGACUCCCCCUGCCUGGCCUACUUCUGCCUGGUCACCCUGCUGGACAACGGCAACAACAUUUCUGAUGAGCUCUCUGUGGAGGUCACCAAGUACAACCCCCCCUUCCAGAGUGAGGAUGCUCUCCAGGCCAUGAGGCUGAUGUUACCACGGGCCUCCAGCCCUGCUGCCUUCCUGUACAACGAGGAGCUGGUGUUUGCCUGCUCCACCGGUACCGGCAGAGGAGGUCUACCUGAGGAGAAGAUCCCCUUCAACACACCUGGUGACCGUCUGCGUGGUGGGGGCUGCUGUGCCAACCUACCGGUGUUCUUCUCCCAGAACAGUGGUCUGGUGGCCGUGGUGGCCAGAGAGAGUGCCUCCAUGCUGCCUGAGACCAUGGAGGACUCCCUCUGCUUCUCCCUGGCUGGGGCCGGCCCUGAGGCAACUGCUAUGGAGACUCCGACUAGGAUGGAGCCUGUAGCGCAAGAGGACAAAACCAAACUCCUAAAAGCAGCGUUUCUGCAGUUCUGCCGGAAUGACCUGGUGGGGGCCCAGACCAUGACAGACGAGCUGUUCCCCCCGGAGGGGGACGGAGACGGGGAGGUGGGCGGGGAGCUGGACCUGGUGGUGACCCGGAUCAACCUGGACCUGGUGGAUGACUACCCAGCCUCAGACCCCCGCUGGGCCGAGUCUGUCCCUGACGAGAGUGCUGGCUUCCCCCUGACCUCCCUCAUCAUCCUCCACCAGCUAGAGGACAAGAUGAAGGCCCACGGCUGCUUCAUGGACUUCCUGCUACAGGUGGGUCUCCUGGACCGGCUGGGCCAGACCGCGGUGCGCUCGUCUCCCAUGGCGACGCGCCUGUUGCUGUGCGAGCACGCCGAGAAGCUACAGGCGGCCAUGACACUGAAGAACCACCACACCAAGCAUGGCGAGCUGGUCAAUCGUGCCAUCCUCAUUGCCUUGAGGAAGAGCAACGCAGCCGUGUCCACCAGCCUCACCGCCGCAGACGUUUUCUUCAGAGAGGUGUCUCAGAUCUCCUCAGUCUUUGAGUGUCUACUAGAAGAGGAGGAGAGGACUUUGAAGGAGAACCCUGUGGACUCUGUGAAGUGGGCUGAAGUGGUGCUCAGUGUCAACACCAUCAUCAAG